CUCAAUAGAUUUGGCAUGGGCAAGAUCUAUGAAGACCAGGUGGAGGUGACUGGAGAUGAAUACAAUGUGGAAAGCAUUGAUGGUCAACCUGGUGCCUUCACCUGCUACUUGAAUGCAGGGCUUGCCAGUACUACUACUGGAUAUAAAGUUUUUGGGGCCCUGAAGGGAGCUGUGGAUGGAGGCCUAUCUAUCCCUUACAGUACCAAACGAUUCCCUGGUUAUGAUUCAGAAAGCAAGGAAUUCAAUGCAGAAGUACAUCGGAAGCACAUCAUGGGUCAGAACGUUGCAGAUUAUAUGCGUUAUCUAAUGGAAGAAGAUGAAGAUGCUUACAAGAAACAGUUCUCUCAAUAUAUAAAGAAUAACGUAACUCCAGAUAUGAGGGAGGAGAUGUAUAAGAAAGCUCAUGUUGCUAUAUGAGCGAAUCCAGUCUAUGAGAAGAAGCCUAAGAAAGAAGUUAAAAAGAAGAGGCGGAACCGUCCCAAAAUGUCUCUUGCCCAGAAGAAAGAUCGGGUAGCUCAGAAGAAAGAAAGCUUCCUCAGAGCUCAGGAACGGGCUGCUGAGAGCUAAUAAACCAAACCAUAAUUUUCUAUGAAGAUUUUCCAGAAGAGAGACAAUAAACUUAUU